AUGUCCAGCGAAGGUUCUUUGACUCCGAAGGAGUUUGCUGGUGAUGUUGAAGGUGCUGGGGAUGUCCAGCCAGCUAACCAGCAUGUCGCUGACCUUCUGAGAGAAAUGUCUAGAUUGACUUAUGAGGAUGGAAAACUUCCUGUUUCUUCAGAGGAGUUUAACUUGUCUCGUCUUUUACAUACUUAUGUUCGCCAGGCAGAGAAUGGCGGUGUGCAAUUGCGCCAGGUGGGCGUUACGUUUGAGGAUCUUUCGGUGCAUGGCAUUGACCAGAGUUAUGCGUUUUUGCCUACAGUUAGCGGUGUUUUGAAGGCUCCAUUGACGAUUUACCGUGCUAUUAAGGAGGCUAGACACCGCCCAGAACGUGCUAUUUUGAACCCUAUGGAUGGGUGUGCUCGCCAGGGAGAAAUGGUGCUUGUUUUGGGUCGUCCAGGCGCUGGCUGCCUGACUCUUCUUAAAGCUUUAAGUGGAACGGAUUUGCAGCUGUACACGAAGAUCGAGGGCCAGGUAGAGUACGACGGUGUGCCCCAGAAGGAUAUGCUUGCAAGCUAUAAGCAAGAUUUGGUGUAUUGUCCUGAGUUAGAUACCCAUUUUCCUCACUUGACGGUGCAGCAAACGCUUGAGUUUGCCAUUGCCAGUCGUAUGCCCAGGCAAAGAGUGAAUAACAUGUCCAAGAGCGAGUACAUUGAGUUUAUCAGGGACAUGUGGGCGACGGUUUUCGGUCUCAGACACACGUACAAGACGAAAGUGGGUAAUGAGUACGUUCGAGGCUGUUCUGGCGGUGAAAGAAAGCGUGUUUCUAUUGCAGAGGCUAUGGCGUGCCAGGGUUCUGUUUACUGCUGGGAUAAUGCCACCAGAGGUCUUGAUGCUUCGACUGCUUUGGAGUACGCCCAGGCUAUUAGAAUAUCCACCAGGUUUACCAAAGCCACUGCUUUUGUUUCGCUCUACCAGGCUUCAGAAAACAUCUAUGCCACCUUCGACAAGGUGCUUGUGUUGUAUAAAGGCAGACAGGUGUAUUACGGCCCUGUGGGAGAGGCUAAAGCGUACUUUGAGGGUAUGGGCUGGCAGUGUCCUCCCAGACAAACCACUGCGGAGUUUUUAACUGCUGUUACUGAUCCUAUUGGUAGAUUUGCCAAGCCAGGGUUCCAGAACAAGGUUCCACGGACUCCAGAUGAGUUUUUGUCUUACUGGCGUAAGUCUCCACAGUACGAGAAGGUCAAGGAAGAAAUCGCUGACUACAAGGCCACCGUCAGCCAGGACGAGACCAAACAACGUAUGGCUGAGUCUGUCAAGCAAGAAAAACAGAGACUUCAGCGUAAUGGCUCUCUCUUUACUGUGAACUUCUACGAGCAGUUCAGGCUCAACUUGAAGCGUGCUUUCCAGAACAUCUGGGGCGACAAGGCCUAUACGAUCAUUCAAGCCGUGGCUGCUUUCGUGCAAAGCUUGAUUGUUGGUUCUUUGUAUUACGAUACCCCAGAUAACGUCACUGGCUCGUUCUCAAGAGGAGGUGUGAUCUUCUUUGCGGUCUUGUACUUGUCUUUGACGGGACUUGCUGAAGUGUCGAAUUCCUUCAAGGCCAGACCUAUCUUGUUGAAGCAGCAUAACUACUCAUUGUACCAUCCCUCGGCUUUUGCCAUUGCCGAAGCAGUUUCGGUAGCUCCAGUGAACUUGGUGAUUACAACCGUCUUCAGUCUUGUGCUUUACUUCCUUUCAAACCUUAACAGAGAUCCAGGCAAGUUUUUCAUCUUCCUUUUGUUCAGUUACUUGGUUUCGUUGGUGAUGAGUUCUUUGUUUAAAGCUGUGGCUUCGUGGAACAAGACCAUCUCUUCUGCCAAUGCUUUUUCUGGUGUGUUGAUUUUGGCUUCUUUGAUGUACUCGUCGUUUAUGAUUCAAACACCUUCCAUGCAUCCUUGGUUCCGCUGGAUUGGCUAUAUCAACCCGGUUCUUUAUGGUUUUGAGGCCAUGAUCACCACUGAGUUCCAUGGAAGAGACAUGCCUUGUGAUUCUGCCUAUUUGAUACCCCAUGGGCCAGGAUACACGUCAGAUAACGUUGUUUGUGGCUUUACAGGCUCUCUUCCUGGCCAAACCAGCAUCGAUGGUGAUAGGUACGUGGCCCAGUCUUUCGACUAUAGCGUCACGCAUGUGUGGAGGAACUUUGGUAUUCUUAUUGGUUUCUUGAUCUUCUUUGUGGGUCUUUCUGCUAUUGGUUUUGAGGUCGUCAGGCCUGUUUCCGGUGGAGUUGACCGUCUAUUCUUCCUCAGAAGCAAGAAGAAGAACGAGAUCUUUGUUAUUGAUAGCGACAAGGCAGAAAGUCUGAACGACAGUGAGGCAGGCCCUGACCCACCGACCGAUCUCGAGAAGGCUGGUUUAUCUGAUGCUGACGCCCAUAAAGCUCUUGCAGACUUGCAGGGUAAGGAUAUCUUUGUAUGGAAGUCUGUGGAUUAUGUUAUUCCAUAUGCUGGUGGCCACCGAAAGCUACUUGACAACGUUUCUGGGUACUGUGUGCCUGGAAAGUUAACUGCGUUAAUGGGAGAGUCUGGUGCUGGUAAAACGACUCUUUUGAAUGCCUUGGCUCAAAGAACCGAUAUUGGUGUUGUCAGUGGCGAUAUCUUGGUCAAUGGAGGCGCUCUAGACGCCUCGUUCUCGAGACGUACAGGCUACGUCCAGCAGCAGGACAUCCAUCUUGCCCAAACGACGGUCAGAGAGGCUUUAAUUUUUUCUGCUAAGCUUAGAAGACCCAAGAGUGUUCCUGAUCGAGAGAAGCUUGAAUAUGUUGAGAGUAUUAUUGAUGUUCUUGAAAUGUCGGAAUACGCCGAUGCCAUUGUUGGCCAUUUGGGCUCGGGACUUAACGUUGAACAAAGAAAAAAAUUAACUAUUGGUGUUGAAUUGGUUGCAAAGCCUUCCUUGUUGCUUUUCCUUGAUGAACCUACCUCAGGCCUUGAUUCCCAGUCCGCUUGGGCUAUCGUGAAGCUUCUUCGGUCGCUUGCCAACGCAGGCCAGUCCAUUUUGUGUACCAUUCACCAGCCCUCAGCCACCCUUUUUGAAGAGUUCGAUAGGCUUUUGCUUCUUCGUAAAGGCGGCCAGACGGUUUACUUUGGCGACAUUGGUGAACAUUCCAGAACCAUCCUUGAUUAUUUUGAAGCAAAGGGCGCAAGAGAAUGCUCAAAGCAUGAAAACCCAGCAGAGUAUAUUUUGGAAGUGAUUGGCGCUGGCGCCACUGCAAUAGUUGACCGGGACUGGUUUGCUGUCUGGCAAGAAUCCGACGAAAAGAGAGUUGCCAACGAACAAAUUGACAGAUAUAUCGUUGACGGCCAGAAACAAGCGUCCGCUUCAGAGGCAACACCAGAAGAGUUGAAUGAGCUUAACCAAACCUACGCUACUCCAGUGUAUUACCAAUUUGUGAUUCUUUUGAAGAGAGACUUCCUUACGUUCUGGAGAAAACCAGAAUAUGUGAUGGCUAAGAUCUUCUUGAUGACCAUGAGUGGUCUCUUCAUCGGCUUCACGUUCUUUGGCUUGAAACACACAUUAACUGGAUUACAGAAUGGUAUGUUCUGUGCUUUCUUGUCGGUUGUUGUCUCAGCGCCGGUGAUUAACCAAAUCCAAGAACAGUGUAUUGCUAUUAGAGAGGUCUUUGAAGGGCGUGAAAGGAUGUCUAAUACUUAUAGAUGGUGGCUCAUGGUGCUUGCUCAGUACGUCACUGAAAUCCCAUACAUGUUUGUUGGUGGAGCCAUUAUGUUCGUUUCACUUUAUUUCCCAACCCAAGCUGAUACACUGGGAUCCCAUGCUGGUGUGUUUUACUUGACCAAUGGUAUUUUCCUCCAGUUGUUUAAUAUUUCGUUUGCGUUCAUGUUGGUUUACAUGGCCCCAGAUGUUCAAUCUGCGGCUGUGUUGGUUUCGUUCUUCUAUUCGUUCAUUGUUGGUUUCUCUGGCGUCGUCCAGCCAACUCAGUUGAUGCCUGGUUUCUGGACGUUUAUGUAUAAGGUCAGUCCUUAUACUUAUAUCAUCCAAAACCUUAUUGCCUCUUUUCUUCACCAAAGAAAAGUCGAAUGUGCUGAUAAAGAGUUAUCUGUGCUUGAACCGCCCCAAGGCACUACGUGUGGUGAUUACAUGGGCCCAUUUAUUGAGAAUGCUGGUGGAUACUUGGUCGACCCCAACAGUACCGAAAGCUGUGGAUAUUGUCGUUAUACAAAUGCUGACGAGUAUCUUUUGACCCUUUACACCAAGUACUCGUAUAUCUGGAGAAACGUUGGAUUCUUCUGCGUUUACAUCAUUUUCAAUCUUGCGAUGUGCCUAAUAUUGUACAAGGCCCUUAGGUUGACAAAGAAAAAUUAA